CCCUUCUUCUUCUUCUUCAUCAUUUUAUUGUCGCAACGGUAUUCUAGGGUUUUUCUGCAAAUGGCGAAUAACAAAGCAGAAGCUUCAAUGUCUGCUUUCACUUCAAACGGUGAAGUAUUCGCUCAUCUAAACCCUAAAGGCGUCCUCAAAGUUUGGAACACAAGUGAUGGAACUUUAUUAUCUGAAUGGAAACAUCCAAGCAAACAUGACGGUGUUCAGUAUACUCGUAUCACAUGUAGCUUUGUUGGAAAAAAGCGAAGAAAAGAAAACAGUACUUGUUUGGUGGCAUAUGCAACAAACGAAAGUGAUAUAUACACUAUCAGCGCUACUGAUGCUACGAUGAAGUGGAAAUUAUCUAGAACUGAGUUUGGUGAAAUUGCUACUCUCUCAUUUACAAACAAAGGGCGUAAACUUUGUGUUAUCAGCACUGAUGGCACAUUAUGUGAAAUGAACUCAGAAACCGGAGAAAUUCUAAAAGAAAUAUCUAUUCCGAAGAAGUAUAUUUCUACUUUGGCAUAUAUAUUCGAUGAUAAGAUAUUAGCUGCAUCGGAUGGCCAUAUUAGAGUCCUCAGUUUAGAAGACGGCGACGUAUUAGCGAAGUUUUCUUCCGCUGUGGGCCCAGUGCUUCACUUGUCUAGUUUGGAGGAUACAAACAUCAUCAUCACAUCCACUUCUUCCGAAAAUCUAAGCGUGCAGAUGAACGAAUCCGGCAACAAAAAAGCAACCGAUGGGCCCGUUUUACUUAUGAAAGAUCGUCCUUUAACUAUCGACUGCAAGAGUGGGUCGAGUGGCUCCAAUGGAGAGAAUUUAUUCGUACUAUCGGUUUCAGAUUCGGGUAUAGCCUACGUUUGGAACAUGAAGACGAAAUCACAAGUAAAUAUAAGUCCAACUAAGGUUAAAGUUGAAGCUCACAAUUCUAUACUAGCUGCUAGAUUGAUCUCAAUCAACGGCGAUGAUCAAGCUGUAAUUCAUAUUGUUUAUGGUUCGUUAAGUUCACCGAGAUUUGCGUUAGUGGAUGUUGCUACUCUUGGGGAGGAUAUUGUUGUAGAUUCAAGUGGCGGUAUUCAAGAAAAUAGAGUAAAUGAUGAAAAAGACCAAAAAGCGCGGGGCAAGAAGCGAGCCGCAUCUGAUGCAGACUCUGAAACUGCAGUAGUAAAUCAUGACAAUGGAGAUCCAAACAUCGGGAUUCAAAUGGAUGAUCAUGAACCAACAAUUGGUGAGAAACUGGCUAGCUUAAAUAUAAUCAACAAUAAAGAAGAAAUCGAGGAAAAAGCAGAAACGUCUCCUGCAAAGCCUCCCAGUGCCGACUCAGUUCACGUACUUCUUAAACAAGCUCUUCAUGCAGACGAUCGUUCCCUUCUGCUUGAUUGCUUAUUUAGACAAAAUGAAAAGGUUAUAACAAACUCGGUUUCUGUAUUGAAUCCGUCUGAUGUGUUCAAGCUUCUUGAGUGUCUCAUAUCUAUGAUCCAAUCCAGGGGUGCGAUAGUAGCUUGUACUCUCCCAUGGCUUAAAAGCUUACUUCUUCAACAUGCAAGCAGUAUUAUGUCUCAGGAAUCAUCUCUCAUUGCUCUCAACUCGUUAUAUCAGCUUAUCGAAUCUCGGAUUUCAACUUUCGAUUCUGCGGUUCAACUGUCAAGUUCUCUGGACUUGUUAUAUACCAAGACUAUUGAAGAUGGAGUGGAUGAAGCAGAAGAGCCAUUGGAGCCUAUCAUUUUUGAAGACUUUAGUGACGAUGAAGACCAGUCUGAAGAAGACGGUGAUGCCAUGGAAACCGAUGAGGAAGACAAUGAACAACUUGAAGCAGUCAGUAAUGUUAGUGAUGACGAUCCUCAAGCAAUCGAUGGUAUGGUUGACUAUUAGUGUCAGGUCAAAGGGUUUGACCUUUGACUUCAUUUUUGUCACGGGCCUAUGCCCGACCCUAAAUGGAACCCAAGUUGAAAUCAGACUGUUACGUAUGGUUCCGAGCCCAAGUUAUGAGUUAGGGAAAUCUUUCGUGGUGGUCAAUGUCGAAUGAGUUUAUUUGAUUGAUUUAUAACAUACGAAAGUGUUUUAUUUACCGAUACAUAGAAGUUUUGUAGUAAUGUAAUGUUUGCAAUUAUAUAUUUAAUUGUUAAGUUUUUUUUGAA